AUGAUUUGCCUGGAAUUCAAAAGGAUUGUGGGAAAAGACCUGCAGCAGGAGUUUUAUUCUGCCCUUGAUGAUCACCGUACCCGUCUUAUGGAAAUCUUUAAAGCGAAGAGGGGCAACGUGGGCGAACAUUUGGCACAGCUUUUGCAGCAAAUGCAGUCACUGGAUCCCACAGAAAAAAGGACUGUCGCGCUAAGAGGGCUUCCACACCUACUCGGAGACAAUCCCACUGAGUUCUUCAAAUCAAGCUCUGAUGGUGAUGAGUCCUUUGGCCAAAUGGAUGUUGGAAUCUUGCUGAGCAGCAAGGCCGAACUCAAGGUGCUGCUCCUGGAUGGUUUGGUGGAGAGGGGCUUGCGUUUGAUCCCAGAGGCUGAGAGGUCUGAUGAGAGCAUCGUGCAUGCGACUACCCCGAGACGUACGGAGACGCCUGCGGAUGGCCCUCCCGGAGCGGAGCGUGAGUUUGUAGAGGGCGAUGCGCGGCCUGAACCACCGCGCACUCCUCCUCGCUACGGGCCGCCCUCCCCAGCUCCUUCCUCUCCCGGCUCAGUUGGUGGUGCUCGGCGCGCUUUGCGGCUGGCACGCAUCAAGAUGGAGGCCGAGCAGAAGGAUCGGGACCGCAGUGCCGAGCUCGAACUGCAUAUACGGAGGCUUGAGAUCGAGGCUGACAAAGCUGUGCGCCUCAGACGCCUUGAGCUGGAGGCCGAAGGCCGCCUCCCCAGUCCUACUCAACGCCCGGGCGUCGCUGCACCUGCCACAGCCCUCUCCCCAGCUGUUCAUGACUCUCUUGACCCUGAUCGUCCACGCUCUCCUGGAACCUCCACAAGGGACAGAGUCUGCUUCUACUGCCGCGAGCCCGGACACGUAAUCGCAGACUGCCCUACUCUCAGACAAAAGGAAGAGUGUUCAGCUCCAAACGUUCAGAGCAUUGGGUUAAUUCAAUCUGGCCUAGUAUCACUGAAUGGCGAAGCACCAGAUCAACGCCCCAUCCGUAUCCUACGAGACACUGGCGGUUCCCAGAGCUUGAUUUUGGCCAGUGCUCUCCCGUUUUCAUACCGCUCUUACUGUGGUUACAGGAGUGUGUUACGGGGAGUUGAGAUGGGCUACCGCCCGCGGCCCGUUCACUCUGUUCAUGUCCAGUCAAACCUCGUUACAGGAAAGUUUCCGUUAGCUGUUGUCCCUGCGCUACCCAUUGAAAAUGUAGACAUGAUUUUAUGUAAUGAUUUGGCAGGGGGCAUGGUGUUUCCUCCCCUGUUGGAGGCGGUUCUGUCCCCGCUUGUGUGUGCCUCUGAUCGUCAGAUGCCCACGGGUUGUGCUGUGGCGCACACCCGUCCUCCAGAACAGUGCGGUUGUAGUCUGCCCGCCAGUCCAGUGAAACCACGAGUACCGCCGCACUUUACUCCACCCGCCACUUCUGUACGGAAGCACAAGGCUAGGGCCACCAGGCUUGGGUCAGGCGAGCGGCACUUUCAGCACCAUGGAGAGCGUUUUGGCUCUCGCUCUGCAAGUUUCAGUUCGCGGCCUUGA